AUGUUCAUGACAUCGAAAACCUUUAGCAUUAGUUGUGACUCCGGAAUAUUUGUUGGUGUCGAUCUAAACGAGAAUAAAGUUUUCGGACAGCGAAAUAAAACUGAAAGUUUCUUUGUCCGCUAUUCGAAUGCUUUGGAAAUAUCUCACAAAACUUAUGCUAGACGAGGUCAAGUGAACAUAAAAUCUCCAUCCGUUACUCAAGAAUAA